AUGCAGGCUUUCGUUCCGAAAAAUAGAAGAAGGAAACCAGCCGAGAUUCGAACUCAAAUUAAGGCACACGAGCUAACAUCCACCUGUCUCCUUCAGAUUAUCGAUCUCAACAACAUUCCUCUGGUCGUCGGAACCUCGUAUGUCAAAUGGCAUCUACCUUCGUCUACCUCUGCGGAACAUCGCGGGCACACGGACAGAGCCCUCAUCCAGGAUCACCGGGCGUCUUGGGAGUAUGAGAAGGUCCUAACAGUCCGGCUUACUAUCGACCGAAACCACAUGCUGCAAGAAUGCGAUAUAUUCUUCGAAGUAUUUCAGGAAUUUUCGUCCGGAAGUCGUGGCGACCGUAUCACCCUGGGGAACGUCAAAUUGAAUCUGGCUGAAUAUGUGGACAAGAGCGAUAACGAGGAGGGUAUCACGAGGCGAUACUUAAUGCAAGACAGCAAAAUCAAUAGCACCCUCAAAAUAGGGAUAUUGAUGCACCAGGUUGACGGAGAUAAGAACUUUGUCACGUCUGUUGACCCGCGGCCGCCCCUUAAGACACCAAUGGUGUUUGGUGGAAUCGCAGGCAUUAUGACAUCAGAACACGGGGACCCUGAUGACCUCGGUCGGAUUCCCUCGGUCAAUACCAGUCGCGAAACCGGUGACCUACAAGACAUGUAUCGCCGUACGCUAGCUGCUUCCUGGACCUGUCGAGACGGAGAGCUGCCACCAGAUCAAUUGAUUGAAGAACUGUUUGCAGGCGGGUCAGGAUGGCCAGCUACGGCGCCAAAUGCCCGUUCCGGCGGAGAUGGAGAUGAAUCCAUAUCCAUCGCCAGUGACCCUGACUCGAGGACGACGGUUCAAGGGAAUAGACUGUCCCCUAACCCCGACAAAAGACCGAAGAGCUCAUCCAGCGAUCACUCGCGGACAGACAGUAAAGGUGGUGAGGACAGACUUGGCGGAAGAGGAAGCCUGGAACAUCAAAUGUAUGACGGCAACAAGGAGAGAAGAUGGCGAAAUCGCAGGACCAACCGUGAGGUGUCCGAGUUUGAUGUGCGCGGAGACCUCCGAACAUGGGAGAUAUCAGUCAGGGACUGA